GGGGCAGAGCCCGGCGGGCGGCGGGGCGGCCCCGCUCCCCGUGAAGAAGCGGCGCGGCAGGGCAGCGGCCGCCGCCAUGCAGCCGUUGCACCGGGCCCCGGCGUUGCUGCUAUUCCUCUUGGCCACCGGAACUUUGUGCCUCUGCCUUGCCUCCUCGGAGGAACCGACCACCGAUGGCCUCACUUCAACUUCUCUGCUGGAGUUUGCUGUUAUGUCCCAUCUGGAGGCAAUGAAUUCCCAUGAGCAAACCAGCCCCGAGACUGCAGAGCCUGAUCUCAUCCCUGGCUCUCUGCAUGCUGCCCCGGGAUCAGGCUUUGCAAGUGAGGAGAACGAGGAGUCCAAGAUCUUACAGCCUCCACAGUACUUCUGGGAAGAUGGGGGAGAGCUCAACGAAUCCAGCUUGGACUUGGGACCAGCAACAGACUACAGCUUUUCUUCUGCCUCUCAGAAGGCCCUGCUGAAAGGGAAUGGGACACAGACAAAAGAAAACUGGGAAGCAGCCACUGUCCAGACAGCAGCAGAAUUUGUAGAGCCUGACUUGCACACGCCUUUCUCCAGCACGCUGGAGGAAGAGGAGGGGCUGCUCCCUAUAGACCACUCAAGAGGAGGAUUGGAGAGCCUCCAGACCUCAGAGCCAGAGGUUACAUCUUCUGAACCAGUGGACCAAGAAGAGUCUUUGUCUGCCCUCCUGUUUUCCACAGCCUCCUCCAGGCCAGAUGUUGUGACCAAGGCAGCCACAGGAGGGCAAGAAGAGGACUCUGUUUCUCCUGGCUUAGACCUUGGGAGCAGCAUGGGUCCAGGUCUUCUGCCUGUAUCCUCUGUUUUUUCUACUACUCCUGCACAGUCCCCUGGUGUUUCAGAAGAGCAAUUUGAGGUGACAACUGGAGAUAUGUGGGCUGUUGAGGGAGCGGAUUCAGAACAGACUGUGACUACCACAAGUGCAGAGCUUUCAGAGCCCACGAUGGAGGCUGGUGGGGAAGAACAUUCAGCCAGAGACGAGUUCUUGGAGACAACAGUGGGGUGGGAGAUGCUGGAGCCUACGGUGCUAACUGAACUGGAGCAGACAGCAGAGAUGCCUGUGGGGACACUACCUCCUGGAGGCAGCUCCGCAGACACGCAGACUGUUUCUGGUGGUGAGCAGCAUCCAGCUUCUUCUGCAGCUCCAUGGGACAGGGCUGAUGAGCCUGUGCUGGAUCCCGUCUGGAAUGACACAGAGGUAGCAACAGAGACUGUUACAGCAGAGGGGAGCUUGUCACCACAGGCUGGAGAUGCCCGCAUGGCCUUGCUGCCGACAGAAGUGCCCUGGAAUUCAGCACAGGUGAUCUGCAAAGACUGGAGCAACCUUGCGGGGAAAAACUACAUCAUCCUGAAUAUGUCAGAUAACAUCGACUGUGAGGAAUUUCGGCUGGAGAGAGGUCCUCAGCUGUUGGCACUGGUGGAGGAUGCCUUCUCCAGACAGUCAGAUGGACUGCAGGACCACUGGCUGAUCUCUCUGAGCAAACCCAAUGAGAAUGACAAGCACUUGCUAAUGACACUGGCAGGGGAACAGGGUGUCAUCCCUACAAAAGAUGUUCUCAUGGCACUGGGGGAUGUUAAGAGGAGCUUAGCUGAGAUUGGCAUCCAGAACUAUUCAACCACCACAAGCUGUCAGUCACACCCCAACCAGACACGCAGUGAUUAUGGGAAACUGUUUGUGGUACUGGUGAUCAUUGGUUCCAUCUGUGCCAUCAUCAUUGUAUUGGGGCUCAUAUACAACUGCUGGCAGAGACGCCUGCCCAAGAUGAAGAACAUGUCACACGGUGAGGAGCUGCGCUUUGUUGAGAACGGCUGCCAUGACAACCCCACCUUGGAUGUGGCUAGUGACAGCCAGUCAGAAAUGCAGGAGAAGAAGCCAAGCGUGAAUGGUGGAAACACCAUCAAUGGCCCCGACAGCUGGGAUGUCCUGAUCAAUAAGCAGGCAAGCGAGGAAGUGGAUGUGUUUGAGGAAGACACACAUCUUUAGAAAAAGAAGAGAGGGAACAACCCCCUUAAAUAUAAUUGUCUCUCUCCUAUCUUGACUGAUGGACCGUGGGAUCAGGUGGCUUAUCAGGAACUUCUUAAAGGCUCAGGAUGGGUCAAAUUUUUGGGCAAGUUUUCCCAAUGGAAGUCCUGAACCUGCAUCUGUGGCUUGGAGCCAGGAGGAUCACUGAACAGAGGGAAGCGGGAUGGGUGGGUGGGUAGGUCUCUGUGUGUGUGUUCCUAUCAGUAGCACCAAUGCUUUCAUCACCUUUAAAUGCACUUACUGUAGCUCUCUGGUAGUGGCUGAGAGUGACUGGGCUUGAGAAACAAGGAGUCGAGGCUAUAUCUAGCACUAAGAGUCCAGCUUUGGGGAAUAAAUUCACUUUGAGAGUCCACCUGAAGUUAUGUCAGCCAGAUCCUGACCUUGCUACAUCUGGAUUUUUGUCUCUAGAUUACCUGCAAGUGCUGUAAAAUGUAUGUGCUGUUCUGGAUGGAGGGAGCCACAACUCCGUUGAUAUCUUGGGCUGAGUUUGCAUUUCACUCCAUGAAAAGUGGUUUUUCUAGCAUUCAGAUGUUUAUGUCUGGGAAGAACAUCUCACUGUCAUCUUUUUUUCUCCCUCAACCUUGCACCCCUAAGCAGCCCAAAUUCCUUUUUCCCUUCCACAGCUCCAAGCUGAGCUUGCAAAGUCUGAGCACUUUACCCUUGUUUGGCUGAUUGCAGAGAAUUUGGUGCCAUGGUGCAGCAUCUCAGCUGGAAGCUUGCAUUACGUUGGAGAGUUGCUCAAAAAGGACCUUUACCUGCCUCUUUCACCUAACAGCCUAUGAAAUCAGCAGUAAAGUAUCCCUUGUCUUGGUCUUAGAUUGGCAAGUCUUUUCUAAUCCUAUUCAUUUUCCAGGAUAGUUUGGUUUCAGUUAAUCUUUUUGAGGUAAAUGUAAAGGCUACAGGAGACUUUUAACAGGGAGAAAAGUGAAAACUCAAGCCAAUAAUUUACUGGCCCUUUUGUUUCCUUUCCAGGAUCCUGCCUUGAAGUGUGAAGUGUUUAAUGUCAUAUUGGUGUAAAUCAGGGUAACUCUUGAAAAUUGCUGCAUUCAAACAAGUGUAAAAGCCUGUUUAGAUGAGAAGCAGAUCUAAGAGCUCCCCAAUGAAUGUUUCUCAGGCAUGCCUUAGGCAACUUUGAGGCCCCAACUCCCUGAAGAUGUGUGAUAAAAGGCACGUGAAUAUGCAUAAUUGUUCUCUGAGCCCUGUCUAAAUCGAGACUUGGAACUACUUUCAAGCCUGGAAUCCCAGAACAUUUGUUUCUUCUGUUACUGAGGGAUUGAGGGACUUGCUUAGGUCAGUGGCAACAGCAUUCCUGUCCAUUAUGGUGAUCUGCUUGCUUGCUUACUGCAAGAUGCAGCUUCACAUUUGGUCUUUAAGGAGACCUUGUACAGAAAGACUCCAGAUAUGCAGUCUGUAAAUCUGUCUCUGUAUGUAUAGGUAUUUUUAGCAUGUUCAUCCCUGAUACAAGUCCCUACAGUCAAGGUACAAAAGGGUCUGUUUCAUUUUGCAUAGCGCUUUGCAUACAAACUGAAUCACAGAUCACCUUGAUGUAGGACCAGCUUGAUAAGUCUAUUCAAGAAAGGUGAUAGCCUUUGCUUUCCUAUCCAGAUUCCAAUUUUCAGUGUUUAUGCCGCCUCUGUACCUUUCCCCUGUGUUGUGUAAGAGAUGGUGACCACCAGCUCCUUUUGUAUCUUGUUGGCAGAGCUGCAGAGAUGCCCAGAGGAGUUCCCUCUCCUGCCCAACAGUUUAUAAUGGGUGGCUGGUGUGAGGGAGCAGUCAACACACGUGGGUGGCCACGUGUGGCCCUUUGCUGACAGUCCCUCACUGAUGACUCCUGCUGAAUUUCAUGGGUUUGUGCAGUAAAACUGCACAAGUUCAUUGGCUGUGUUGAUGGCAUUUUGGGGUUCACGGGAUUAAAUGCAAGUUGUUAAUAUAAUACAGUGAGUAAAUUUAAA